AUGUCUAAUGUGCCUCACGUUCGUUCGUUUCCAGAAUUGCUGCAGUUGGCCGAAGAAGUAGGACCAUACAUUUGCGUAUUGAAGACGCACAUUGAUAUCAUUGUAGACUUUGACGACGAUUUGAUUGUGCAGCUCACUGAGAUUGCGACACGUUACAACUUUCAGCUUUUCGAGGACCGCAAAUUUGCGGAUAUAGGCAACACUGUGGUACAUCAAUACAGGGAUGGUAUAUACAAAAUUGCUUCCUGGUCACAUUUUACCAAUGCGCAUCCUAUUCCUGGCCCCGGUAUCGUCGAUGGUCUGAGGCAAGUGGGGAAGCCCUUAGGCCGAGGGUUGCUGCUGCUAGCUCAGAUGAGUUCACAAGGAGCGCUUACAUCGCCCGAGUACGCAGCACAGGCCGUCCAGAUGGCCAAAGCAAACAAAGACUUUGUGUUCGGAUUCAUCUCACAGGACUGCUUAGUGCCGGAAGAUCCCUCGCUCAUAUACAUGACUCCCGGUGUGCAGUUGAAUGCAGGCACGGAUGCGCUGGGACAACAGUACAACACGCCGGAUCUGGUCAUCCGAGAGCGCAAAUGCGAUAUCAUUAUAGUGGGCCGUGGUGUCUACAAGGCUCCAGAUUGUGCGGCAGCCGCUAAAGAGUAUAUGGCGGCUGGCUGGGAAGCGUACAAAAAGCGCAUCAGUCAAUAAAUAUCAUACUGGCU